CGGCGUGUUCCUAGCCGGAGCUGAAGAGGAGACGGACCGUCCCGCCGGAAGCUCCGCUGCGGAGGCUGCGGGGGAGCGGGAGAAGGAGAGCUCGGCGUCGGGAGGGGAGAUGGGCCGGAGUCGCUCGCGGUCUCCUCCGCGGAGGGGUGCGUAGUCUCGGUCCUGGUCCCGGUCCCGGUCCUGGGGUCCUGCUGCUCCUCCUCUUCGCCGCCCUUCCGGGAGGCCUCGUCCUCCUUCCCAGCUGCCCGGGCGAAACCUUGGCUGGAAGGUUUCUCCUUCGGGAAAGAAGGAAGCAGCUGCAGGCCGGUGGGAGGGAGGGCGGGUUGUGGGAGCCCAAGGCAGGCCUCGCCUCUCUUGGCCUGGGAGGCAGAGAUCCCCGCGGAUCGAGGCCGAACUGAGUCCCCGAGGGGCGCCUUCCUCUCGCAGGGCGGUGGGGCUAGUGAGGGGCUGCGGAGCUGCGAGGCAGGCAGGGUUCAAAUUCAGCCGCCCAUGAAGUUCACUGGAGGCCUUUGGGCCUGUCGCUGCAUCUCAGCCCAACCCACCUCACAAGGCUGCUGUGAGGAUAAAAUAGGGAGGGGGAGAACCAUGCUGGCCUCCUUGGGAGGAACGGUGGGCUAGGAACGCAGUAAAAAAGAAAGGAAUAGCUCUCUCUCAACCACUUUGUGGAACUAGCCCUGCUGUAGAUGCAGAACAGAUACUGUGUGGAACCAGUAAGAUAUCAAUGUUUUCUGCUUUGUGGCUCCUUACAGUCAAGCAGCAUAUACGUUUUGUGCAAUACAUAAAGGAGGUGGUGUCCGUGGUUCUCUACCACCACCACUACCACCCUCCAUUUUUAUCCUCACAGCAACUCUUGUGAGGUAGGUUAGACUGAGAGAUUAUAACUGGCCCAAAUUCAUUCUUAUUUGUUCUAUAUCUGACAGGAUAUAUAAACCUGGGGCUCUGCUGGCCUAAUAAUUUGAUUUAUUACCUGGCGUGCUCUCUAACAUCCAGCACCCUAACCACUGCGCACACACUGGCUCUUACUUAGAGAAGUUACAUUUAUCUCCAUUGACUUUUUUUUUUUUAAGAAGCCUGGAUAAACUCAUGCAGGAUGAGCCUGUUGGUGGCUAGAUUAACAUUCCAGCUUUGGGCCUUUGGCUGGUGUAAGAAAAGAGGAUGCUGGACUAGACAGGCUUUUGGUCUGAUCCAACUGAAGGGCUUUUGUUAAGUUCUCACUCUGGCUCCCCCUCCCCCAACAGAUUUUAGAUUAGAUGCACCUUGAAGGCAGAUGCCUAUUUCAUGCUUAUGAGAUUUUUUUUAAGCACCGUAUCUAUCAGUAUGUAAAAAGCCACCGGAGCAAAUAUGGUUGUUUUGCUGUGGAAGGCAGUGUGCGCAGAAUGCUCUUGGAGUAUGUUUUAACUUGGCUAGAACUCAGAGAUGUAUAGGUGUGGAGCUAGUGGAGUUCACUAAGUGCCCCCUGUAAAUCAAGCACAGCAUCUGAAGACAGAAUGGGACCCGCCUUAUGUUGCCUUUACCUCUUUGAAAGGAAGGAGGUUGCAGGAUACAGAAUGGAGCAAACUUUUAAGAUGUAGGACUGAGACUGAAAAAUACACUGGUUUGUUGAAGCCAGUCGGUGUAUAUAGUAUGUUACUGUAGGAGGAAAGCUGUACUUUAGAAAUGAAAUUCAAUAUGCAACUAAAGUUGCUUGCUCUGUAUUUUAAGAACGUCGGCGUUCCAGAUCCACCUCACGUGAGAGGGAGAGGAGAAGACGGGAGCGAUCAAGGUCUCGGGAGAGAGACAGGCGGAGAAGCCGUUCCCGUUCCCCACACAGGCGACGAUCCAGGUGAGGAGGUAUCAUCAGAUAGUAGCUCUAAAGUUUCUGGUGAACUUGUUCUGUAAACACUGUUCUUGUAGGCAAUGGGUGUGUGAGACAGAGCGGGCUACUAGCUCUUGCCAUUAGCAAAUAUUGGAAAAGAUGAGUGGGUAGUUUGCUUUUUAAAAAAAGCAACUGCCCUCCCCCGAACUGCAGGAAAUUAUGACCCAGUUAACUACUCUACCUAAGGUAAUUUUAAAGGAUGUAUGGAGGCCCUCUUAGUGUUUUCUCUUAAAAGAAUAGGGCCAGCAUCUGGUCCUGGCAGUUCAGCUGUUUCUGUCCCUUCUCAUGAUAGCUCUAACCAUAUUAGCUCCUUUCUAUCCCACCUUUAGCAGUGGCUUUGCUGUGAUGUUUAACAAUGAGAAAGGAUUUGUUUUUAAGGUUGAACAGAUGGUUUCUAGGCAGCUGAACUCACCUGCUUGAGUGAUGUGAGUGUAGCUAAACACAAGCUUUUUCUGCAUUCAGAGUGAGCUGAUGGUCACAGGGUUCUCCUUUCUCUGUAGACCUGCAACUCCCCUCCAUUUGCUUUGUAGAGAAUAUUCUUCCCCUAUCCUCUUCCAUAGCACCUUUCUGUUGUUCUGAACCCUUCUCCUGCAAUAGACUACCAUAUCUAUACUGUUGUUUAAUAAAUGGUAGGAGAAAGGGGGAGCAGGCAUGGGUGCUUCUUUGUACUCUGCUUUAAAAACCCAGCCUUUCCUUCCAUCUUUCCUCCUGCAGCCUCUCCUUGGUUAUAGGUGUUGACAUGGCAGAGCUUGCCUUGUUUCAUCCUGACAAGAUCCCUAUGAAUUACCUUUCUAAAGGAGGUAGGUGUGGUGGCACCUCUCUCCCUCUUUGUGGCUGCCUGGCAGAGGAAGCCUUACACUUCCUUGACUGAGGUGGACAGAGCAUUGCAGGUACUUGACAGUUCUUUGCUCACAGACAUGGUGUCGCCCACAAAGCCAAGUGUGGGAUUUUGUGAUGGUUUUGUUCUGUGUUUUCACAAAAAAAAUCAGCAAGUGUGCUGGUGCUUCUUCUUUUGUGUGUAGCAUAAUCCAGCAAGCACACCUUUCCCUUGCCAUUCAAGUGCAACCUGCUCUGGUUUGACUCUCUAGAUCUCCACGACGACAUAGAUCCAGCUCUUCUUCCCCUUCCCGGCAGAAAGAAAGGCGAGAUGAUGAGAAGAAAGAGACCAAAGAUGCUAAAGGCAAAGAGCGUCAGAUCACAGGUAAUGAAACAGCUUGGGGUAUUGCAAGCCAUGCUGGAGAAUUAUGUGUCAUGAUGCACCUUAUUAACUUUGGCAUUCUAGUUUGUGGUCAGAUUUAUAGGGGAGGGGUAGUUUGCUAAUGUGAGAAGGGUCUUGCCUUUUGGGCAAGGUUUGUUUGACUUGAUGUGUUUCUGGUUCUGUUGGUGAGGACAUAUCCUGCCUCUGUUACUGAGAGCCUGUAGCUCAUGUGUUGCACUGAGUCUGAGGGUCCAUAUAAUCCUUUGUUGUGCCAAUAAAGGCACCUUUGUUUCUCAAAUAUAUCAUCUCUUCACACACCAAAAAAUCCACAGUUGUUGAUAGGAUGUUGUGUUUUUCUAAACACUUGUUCGACAACAUUUUACGUGGAACUAUACUGGGUCCUUGAGGUGUGGCUUUUUUGAAGAGUUGGAAGGGUUAGCCUUUUGUUUUGGAUGGCUGACACCCUCUUCAAUAGAAAUACAGUGGUACCUCGGGUUACAUACGCUUCAGGUUACAGACUCCGCUAACCUAGAAAUAGCGCUUCAGGUUAAGAACUUUGCUUCAGGAUGAGAACAGAAAUCGUGCUCCGGCAACGCGGCAGCAGCAGGAGGCCCCAGUAGCUAAAGUGGUGCUUCAGGUUAAGUACGGACCUCCGGAACGAAUUAAGUACUUAACCCGAGGUACCACUGUACUUUCAGAAUUGUUUACCAACCAAAGAAUAAAAAUACAUAACACAUUGAUAGUAUAAAAUCAAAAGUGGCAGAACACAGCAGACGAAACAAACUGAUAUGAAACAAUCAAAACAUUCCAAAAAUCAUGUUGGGGUGGAAGGAGAUACAUAGGUGAACUGUGUCCUUAUUACACAUGUUAGAAAGAAUAUAUGUAUAUAAAUGCCAAAUAGAAAAGAUAAAUUACGACAGCAGACUUGCAAAGUUAGCAAAAACCUUGGUGAGAGUCAGUGACAUGAUAUCCAAACAAAUAAAAUCCAGAAUAUUGAAAUAAAAUUCAGGGUAACUCCCCCAAAAGAAAAUUGAACAGAGUAUGGUCUGGGUUCUUCUGAUGAGGAAUUAAUGAAAGGAUUGAAGAAAGACCAAGCUAUAAAAUUUAUCUCUGGAAAUAGUCACCUCUGACUACUCUGCAGUGUUGUAUUAGUUUGUUUAUGAGCACCAUCUUCCAAACCCUAUCAUGCCAGUUUUGCAUAGUUAACAAACAAUCACUUCUCCAUAAGAAUGCAGUCUAUAUCCAGACUGCUGCCAGGAAAUGUCUUAAAUAUAAUAUCUUUUAUUUAUUCCUAGCAAGGCCAAUGGUGUUUCACCAUUGUAAUAGUCAGAAUCUUAGAAAUAUGCUGUUUGAGGAUGGUUCUGUGGCAUUAUUUAUCUUUAACUCUCUUUCAUUUUAUCUCCUUGUUUUGUCUUGGCUUCUUUUUCAGAGGAAGACCUGGAGGGUAAGACAGAAGAAGAAAUUGAAAUGAUGAAAAUGAUGGGAUUUGCAUCAUUUGACACGACAAAGGUGAGUGUCUUCUUAGUGCCCAGAAUUCCUAAGAGUGAGAUUUGAACCACUCUGUGCACUGGGACAGAAAAUCCACACCAUGUGGUAGUGGAUGCAGAAUUCAUCUUCCUGAGAAUCCCUUCCUUUUUGUUAAAAAGGGGGGCAGGUUUCUAACACUGCAAGUUUUUUAUAGAGUGGUGCUUGAAUGUGUUUGAGCAAGACUAGUGAGACUUCAGAAGAUUCCAUAUGAUUGGGGGCAAUCUGGCUUUCAUACUCUAUGCAGCUGCUUGCCUCUCUCAUGAAUAGCAAAGUAAGAAGCGAAGCUUUUUUUAUUCAGUAUGUGUAACCUUUUGCAGGGCACAGGGCUUGGAUUACCUUGGCAAAUCUUGAAUGCAAAGAGUUGUUUAUUAUUAUUUUAUAAUAGCAACAUCUCCUUUUGCAGCACACUGUAGGUUAAACAGAAAACCAUUUCUGGCAAGUUUAGAUCUUCCUCACUUAAUCAGACCAUGGUCUUGAGUUUUCCUCGCCAGCCAUUUAGAAAUGGUGACUCCAAAUGGUCUUUUAGUGUUCUUAAUGGCGGAACAGAAAUGACAGAAAGGCAGCUUGCUCAGCUACUGGGGAGGAUUCAGGCUUGUUCUAUAGUUUGUCCAUCCACACAAGGCAAGGUUGAGCUCCAGUAGGCCUGGCCUUAGGCCUUUGCACUAGAUUCUAGGACAGGAGUGAAGAACCUCCAGCCCAAGGGACCUCCCCAUCUGGCCUGCAGCCUCUUCUCCUUGCCCACCCAGUACAGCAGUUUAGCCUGAAGAAGCCUCCUACUGGCUUCAAUAGGAGGCUUCCUCCCCCCCUCCCCCAUAAAAAAAAUUGUGGCAGAGAGAGCGCAUGUAAAUGAUGGAGAGAGUGUGUGUGUUGUGGGAACUAUGAGGUGGUCCUACCCACCACUGAUACUCAGCCCCUGGAACAUGUUCCCAAAUCUUCUACACUACAAGGGGCUUCCAGACUUGAAACACGUCGUACAAGUUCCCAGGAGCUUCCAGGUAGCUUGGAAACAACUCAUGGAAGCAUUACAUUGGCAUUGUGUUUAGGAACUCUGCCUAGACAUAUUUCCCAAAAGCAACUGCAAAAAAGAGUAAAGAGCAAGAUAUGAUUGGCUUUUGGUCCCUUACCUUUCCCGCCCCGACCUGGCCACAGUGAUCCAUGCGACGGUCAUCUCCAGGCUUGACUACUGUAAUUCGCUCUAUGCGGGGCUGCCCUUGAAGCUGACCCAGAAACUCCAGAGGGUGCAGAAUGCUGCAGCGAGACUCCUCACAGGGUCUCUGCCAUGGGAGCAUAUUCAACCAGUGCUUUUCCAGCUGCAUUGGCUCCCGGUGGGGUACAGGGUCAGGUUUAAGGUGCUCAUUUUGACCUUUAAAGCCCUUCACGGCCUAGGACCCUCGUACCUACGGGACCGCCUCUCCCGGUAUGCCCCACGGAGAGCCUCAAGGUCCAUAAAUAGCAACACCCUAGUGGUCCCGGGCCCUAAGGAAGUUAGAUUAGCUUCAACCAGAGCCAGGGCCUUUUCAACACUGGCUCCGGCCUAGUGGAACGCUCUGCCUCAUGAGACCAGGGCCCUGCAGGAUCUGAUUUCUUUCCGCAGGGCCUGUAAGACAGAGUUGUUCCACCUGGCCUUUGGCUUGGAGCCAAUUUGAUUCCCUCCCUCUCUUUCUUCUUUCCUUUCCUUUUCCUCCUGCGAUGAGGCUACAUUUUAAUAUUUUAAUGUUUCAAUAUUUUAAUGUUGUAUUUUAAUUUUGUUUUUAAGUUGUAAUCAUUCAACUUGUUUUUAUUAUUGCUUGUAAGCCGCUCUGAGCCUGGCCCUGGCUGGGGAGGGCGGGGUAUAAAUUAUUAUUAUUAUUAUUAUUAUUUUGUUCAUGUCUUACCAUUCCUCCAAAGUUCCAUUGGCUUUUAUUCUCACUUUCCUCCCAGAAAUGGGCUUUCACACUUCCUUCUGCAGCCCCAUGAAAAUUACUCAGGGUUGUGGGGAUGUCUAGGAUAUGGCAUAGGGAAUGCCAAUGGAGUUGGGGGCGGGGUUGCUGAAAAUCACCCCUCCCUUACAAGAACAGAGGAGCAAUUCAGGCUCCAGGUCAUUGUCCUCUUCCCCUGGUCAGGCUUCCCUGCACCUUACGUUGUGUGAAGAUGACUUUGUAUUUCUGUUUGUGUUUUGUAGGGCAAGAAAGUGGAUGGCUCUGUAAAUGCCUAUGCUAUCAACGUAUCACAGAAGAGGAAGUACAGGUUGGCAUUGUUCAGUUAGGACCCAACUGGCCCUGAGUGCGGAAGCUCUAAGGUCAUGUUUGUGUUGGGCGGGGAUGUCACUAUGUUCACAGGAAUACUUGGAAGAAGAGAUUUUGGCAUUGCUUCAGAACCCCCAUUUUUUAAAUAGAAUCCUGAAAUGAUUACCCUAAGUAUUUCACUUUGUUCAGAAAAUCAGUAUAUCCUGGGGUUUCUCAGACUUGUUAUGUUGAGCUGUCUUGUGGAUAAACAAGUUCCUAAUUGUGGCAGUAGAGCAACCAUGAUUUCCCAUUGCAGGAGCAAAAAACUGUCACGAUUGACUUCCUAUGCCUCCUGCCCUUUCAGGGUUGCCUUGCAUAAUGUAGAAUUAGUUUGCUGCCAUGUGAGGUUCUUGCUGAUUGAAACAGAGGAUCUGUAAGAGUUACUAGCCUUACAAAUGGGAUCUGCAACAAAGGUUUACAGUGUGGAGUGCUUCUUUUCAAUAUACCAGUUUUUCAAUUCCAUUCAACCCUCCCAUUCCCGCCCCCCCCCCAACACCCUCCAGUUAUUUUGUGAGCAGUAAGCAUGCUUAGGCCCCAGAGGCUGUUUUGGGGUCAUUAUCCCCUACAUAGGAUUGUUCUUCCAAAAUGUUUUUUUGUAUUUCUUUAAACUUUGGAGUUUCCCCAAGCCUACUGACAUCUCUGCUCGUAAGUGUGUGUUGUGCUGUGCUGUUUUAAUUGCAUAUGGACCACACACAGAGAAUGACUUCAUGGAUUUUGCUACCAUUAAUUUCUAAGUUAGAAAGUAAAAACAGUACCAAUAAAGAUGCUUCGAAGUCAAGUGUGCUUUUUUUAUAUGAAUUCUAAUUAGCACACAAGCACAGAAUUGUGAUUAAGAAUAUAAAAAAUAACAUACUGAGAUUAAUUUUUCUAAAAUUAUUCCAGCACUUACAACUGGCAAAGGCAUUCUGGGUAAUGGAUGGGCAAUGCCAAGAAAAAAAAUCAGGAAGAUGGGCUGGGCGUUCAGAACUUUCAGGGGUCAGCAAGAAAGUUCACUGCUAAGGUUUGCCUUUUCUCAUUGCAGGCAAUACAUGAACAGAAAAGGUGGAUUCAACAGACCUCUGGAUUUUAUUGCUUGACACCUGCACUUGUUACAUGUGAAAGACAACCUCACUCUCUAGUCCCUUAAUUGUCUUACCAGCAACACCUGCGGUUAAGCGGAUUUCAGCUUCUUCCCACACAGAAUGGGGAUCUCAUUUGUGGAGAGUCCAUGGAAGUGACAUUGUCUCAUAGGAAGAGACGGUAACAUGUUUUCCUCAAAUGACAUGUUUGUACAAAAUGACAUUCUUUUGUGUUGCUGUGUUUUUAUUUUUUGUAGGUUUCUGUUUUAAAAUAUUGCCACUUAAAUUAAAAAAGAAAAAUCUGUGUUUUCUUCUUGAGAGCACUUCAAAUAGGAAGCCCCUUCUUAAAAGCUAGGCUGAAAAGCGAUUUUCUUUUGUCUUAAUGAGGUUCUUGAGAUACGUUUAUUUCAUUAUUUCUACCCCACCUUUCCUCCAAGAAGCUCAAGGUGGUAUACAUGGUUCUCCCUCGUCCUCUUUUUAGCCUCACAGCAACCCUGUGAGGUAGGUUAGGCUAAGAGUAUGUGACUGGUCCAAGGUCACCUAGUGAGUUUCAUGGCUCAGUAGGGAUUUGAACCCCGAGAAAUACUUCGGGGACUCUUCUCGGGACAAGUGUUCAACCACCACCAUCUCUGCUACCUCUCAUUUAGAGAAAGUCUAAAUUUCAAACCCCCUGGUUCUCCUCCUUCAUUGUCUUGCUUCUGGCCAACAGUGGGCCUUGCCGCUGUUCUUGGGUGCCUCUAACUAACAUAUGAACAUGGUAACGCAGCUCCAGUGGACUUUUCCCAUUAGCUUGUGUGGUAUCCUAACUUCUUCCAAUAGUUUUAUGGGAGAAAUGGACAUUUAGUGUCUCUUCUGCAGUAAAUGUGCAGAAUUUUACAUACUAAUCAGUGCCAUUUCUUUAGUACAGAAUGUUGGGGUAGGUUUGUUUAUUGCCCUGUGUGAAAUACACACAACCUUCAUCAUAACUCUGAGACAUAGUAUCAAGAUAACAAUUGUUGGUAUUUGGGUAGUGGUUGGAGGCACUGAUCAUGAAUACCAAGCCAUAACAGUUGCCCUGCUGGGUCCAACCAAAGGUCUGUCUAGUCCAGCAUCCAGUUUCUGCUUAUAUGUCUGGGAGAAGACCACAUGCAGAACACGAUAGUUCUGGCUGCCCCUUCCUCGGAGUCUCGUUGGUAUGGAGGUUCCAUUAGCUGGCAUAGCAAAUAGUCAUUGACCCCAGCCUCCAUGAUGCCAUCUCUUAAAAGCAGUUCAGAGUAGAAGCUAACAUCCACAGUAACUUGCUAGUUGUGUUGGAUGCUUUCCCUUGUCUCCAGUGGCAUCGGAGUACACUUCACAUGAAGCACAGAGUACUUGUUUGCCCCUCUUGUGGUACCUGCUCCUUCUGUUUUGGAGUACACUCAAUGUGUACAUCAUCACCAGAAGUUGAUGUUGCUGAUGAGAUGCUGUCAUGCCUACUGGCAGAGCCAGAGUAGCUCAGUUGGUCCAGCAUGAGACUCUCAAUCUCAGGGUUGUGGGCUUGAGCACCACAUUGAGCAAAAGAUUCCUGCAUCGCAGGGGGUUCGUCUAGGUGAUCCUUGCAGUUCCUUCCAACUCUACCAUUUUAUAAUUCUCUGACUCUCAAGCAAAAUGAAACAAGAUGACUUUGUUUUAUUGGGGUACGGGCAGCACGCAUAGCUGACAUAAAUCACACACUUUGUGACAAAAUGAACAGGAGUUGCGCGUUCCUAAUGAAUUAUGCAACAUGUAAGUGGAAGGAACUGCCCCUUGGGGGGUGGUUUCCCAUCUUUGGAUGGUCUUGACCAUAGAGGGUACUACCAGGACAUAGGACACUCCAUAUUGAUAGCUAGAAUGUACCCUUUAAGGUUGCAAACGUUUGCAUACUUAAUUUGGUAUAGGACCCACUGAAUUAUUUAACCCUGAGAUUAGGGAUUGGGCUGCUUAAAUGGUUCCAGCAGCUUUGCUGCUGCUGCACAACUAAUUUGAUAGGUGCAGCCUAAAUUAAAAUCUCAUGCUCAACUUCCUUUGACCUAGAAUGGCAAUGGGAUUUAUUCCUCCCACACACGAGUACAUACAGAGUUCUAAAGUGAACAGGAUGUUGCUAGCACACAGUCCAAGUGGGUGUAGCUUGCUUAAGAUUAUCUGAUAGAAUAAUAUGAAGACAAAACAAGCAGUGCAGGGAGUCAAAAUGUGUGCGUACACGUACACACACACACACACCUCUCUCUCUGGAAAUGAAAUUUAAUUAUGAGGCAGCUCUGGACUGCAUUUUGAUUUAAAACUACUUGAGUAAUUGGUAGAUAUUAUAAAGGCUGCUUUGUGUUGCGUCUGUUUCAGCUGGGCAUCUCAAAUCAUCUCCCACUUCCCAAUUGGUGAGGUCAUAUAAAUAAAGGUUUCUGCAUCAAUCCAAAGUAAAUAAUGACAAGCCUCCAGCAAGAAUCUAAUAUCAAAAUGAGGUCAACAUUUGUAGCACUGGAAUUAAAAUCUGAUGCUUAUGUUCAUGUAAACUCCCUGGUACAAUGGGAAUGACUUCUGGAGUAAGCACCCAUAUGAUCAUGCUGUGGGAGAUGUGGUGUUGUGUUGUGUCUCCUUCGAAGUGUAUUCUCUCAGCCACCUACAACCCCAUCCAUCCCACCUAACACAUUUGUCAUUGCAAACAAAGUGUUUAAAGCAAAGGGGGACCCCGCAAGACACUCUGAUUUGUCUAAAACGUUUGGCUAGGAUUAGAGUAACAUCCGAUUUGGCACCUGUUAAUAAAUGUUAGAGACUGCUUCUAGAGUGAGCAAGUAAAAACUGAGUAGGACAGACAUUUUAUAGAAAAACAAACAGGCAGAAUUAAUUUUUAAUAAGCUACAUCUACUGCUUUCAAUUUCAAAAACAAAGCAGGGACAUGACUCUGCAUAGGUGCCAACUCCCUGGGGCCCUGGGUGCCCAAGCACCCACAAAAUUCCCUAUGAAGGGGCUGGGCACCCACAAAUUUCAGUGCCAGGGCCAUGCACGCUGCAUGGCACCCACGGCCCUGGGCACUCACAGUUGCGGGGCGAAGUUGGCACUCCUGUGACUCUGUAAUGACACAUUAGGCAUUGGUGACCAGUUUUUUAAUUCUGUGUUCAGUAACUAAAUUCUGGCAACCUUUGGAUUAUGCAGUUGUCAUACUUGAUGCAGGUAAACAAGCUCAAAUGUAGUCCAUAGUUUUCUUAGCAGUGUAUUAAGUUCCUUACUUUUUGUCUCCUACAUACAGACAUUCUCUGGCCCUCUUAGAGACUGUCCUCAAAGGUUUGCUUCUUAGGGUAGCUAUGGGGAACCUCAGAUCAUAGGGCAGAGUGGUGAAAUGCAGCUUCUCUAUCUGGUCCUCCUCAUGCCACGCCCCUCGUAGCCCUGCGUUGGACUCUGAAGGGAAUGUAUCCUUCAAGUCCAAUCUUGCUUGUUUGCCUGCACAGAGGAUACUGGGUGUGCAGUGACUAGUCUACUGUACUAAUGUGCACUGCACACUUUUUGCUCCACUAACUUUUGCCUCUGGCAUGUAGGCCCAGGAAGGGAAUGAGGCUGUGUGAUGUGCCUAAGAGAGGUUCCCCAUCCCUCCUAGCUUACAGAGAAAGACCCUUGAGAUUCAUUUACUAUGGUAUGGGUUUUUGUGCACUACGGUCUACUUCUUCAGAUGCAUGCAAUACACUGUGUUACAGGCUACAUAAGGUGAUGUGAUGGGAGUUGUAAGCAGUGGGGUUGAGGGAAAAGGUAAGUUCUCAUUCACAAAAUGGUUGUUGGUCAUGACACAGGCACCCUGGCAUCAGUAAGCCAAGACAUGUACAGGCAACCCCUGAUUUGCGUGGGGGUUGCAUUCUGGGUCAUUGUGUGCAUAAGCCCCCACCCCCUUAUGCCCUUUCUGGGUCCAGAAACAAUGUGCGCAUGCACAUGUUGCCUGUAGUUAAGUUUAAGAAAAUGCUUUGCCUGAAGUCAGUCCCAAGUGAUAAUACUGAACUCCUUACCCGACCCAGCAGUUUUGUGUGGUCUUUGAUGGAGGUUCCUUUGCUCUCUUUUGGGUUACCUUAAGGUCACUUACAGAAUUUCCUGGAAGGCUGUUGUACCCCCAGGUAGUUUUGAGGUUAUAACUGUUUUUUUGUAGAGGCUGCCACUUCAUCUUACAUCUUCCAUGGAUCAUUUUUGGGACCUGUGCUUUUUAACUUGUUCAUGAAGGAUCCAGAGGUGAGGGUGAGAAUUGUGGUGGCCAAGUUUGCUGAUGACACCAAAAUGUUCAGAGUGAUUAAAACAAAAGAUUGUGAAGAGCUCCAAAAGGACCUCAAAACUGAGUGAAUGGGCAGUAAAAUGGCAAAUGCUUAUGCAGGCAACCCUUGAUUUGUGCUGAGGUUGCUUUCCAGGUUAUUGCGCGCAUUAGUGGAGUGUGCAUAAACCUGCCCUGUUACGCGCCCAUUGCACCCUCUUCCUGAUCUGAGGAUGGUAUUUGCAUGCACGGUUCCAUGUGCUUUGAACAUGCACAAAACAGUUGUUCCCUGUAUGAAUGUCUGUCUUCCAUACAAACUUGCUGGGCUCAGACCUUCAGCGGAGGCCAUUCUCUUGGUCCCACCACCCUCACAAGCAGGGUGGGGAUAUGGAGGUCUGCUGCCAGACUUUGGAACUUACACUGGUAGAAGACUGUUUUAUUUCAGCAGGCCUCUGUGGACUGACUUGUUCUUUAAGAAAAGGGCUUCUGAUAGUGCAUUGCUGCUUUUAUAUGUAAUGGAUUAUUUUUUAUAUUGUUUUUAUUUUGCUGGAGUUUAAUUUUAACUAUUAGCUUUUAUUUGUCUUUAGCUUUUGUAUUUUAUAUUUGUUUUAAUUUUUGUAAGCCACCUUGAGUCCCAGUCUUGAUGAAAGGAAGGAUAUAUGACAAUGAUGGUAGUAAUAAUAAUAAUAAAGUAUGUCAGGUUUAAAAACAAUCUUAAUUUCACAUACAUGGUUUACCACAGGCACCCAGUUGGCCACUGUAAGUACAGGACUGGGUAUUUUUUGGUUUUGGUUUUUAGUGUUAGUAUUGUUGUCUAUACUUUUAAUAGAUAUUUUGGUAUAUAUAUUAAUUCUCAGUGUUUAAAUACUUUUAAAUGAUUUAUUUUCUAUGUUUUUAGCUUUUUCUAUUCUAUCUGUAAGCUGCUUUGAGUGUUUGGAGAGAAGGUGAGGAUAUAGAUGGUGGUGAUAUAUAUAUUAAUACAGGAUGCUGGGCUAGAUGGGGUGCCAACCUGAUCCAGCAAAAGUAGAAUGCCCUAAUAUAACUGAUGUCUUGGGUACUCAAGGUGGCUGCCUUUUCUUUUUACGAGGCAAAGGGCUAUGUGGUGGAAGGGGGAGCUCCACCAGGCCUUCUCCCCCCUCAACUGUCACCUGGUGGCAGCAAUUCCAUCAGGCUGUCCCAGUGGGAGAGGUAGGGAGCAAAAGCCUCAUUCCAUCAGCUUUGCAGGAGGCUCAGCUCCAUCAGGCACCUCCUCCUGGCGCUCCCUGAACUGGGCAAGCUUGUCAGUAUAGGAACCACUGUUCAGAAAAUAGUGAGUGAGUUUUUGUUUUCCUCCUGCGUUUUCCGUCUCUCUCUCAAUCAAAAUAAAGAGACUGUAAGCCUG